AUGACGCUACAUGUUGUCUUCUCGUUCUGGACAUCAACUCUCGACCUUAUCGCCAAAGGUCUCUCGCAGGCUUCUAUCACACACGCUCGCUACGACGGCACCAUCUCUUCGAGCAACCGAUCUUUAGCAUUGGAGAGUUUCCGAAAAGACAAGAACAUAUCGGUCAUGUUGAUGACGAUCAAAUGUGCUGCCGUUGGCCUGGACAUCACUGCUGCUUCAAGGGCGUACAUCAUGGAACCCCAGUGGAACCCCACCGUAGAAGAGCAGGCUUUGGCACGAGUGCAUCGCAUGGGUCAAACGAAGGAAGUCACCACUGUGCGAUUCGUCAUGGAAGGGACAUUCGAAGAGAAUGUCGUCGAGACACAGCAGCGAAAGAGGGACUUGGCUGAGCUUCUCCUCUCGCCAUAUCAACAUGCCAAGUCAGAACACAGUCUCGACAGAUUGAGGUACUUUCGUUCGCUCUUGAAAUAACAGCUGGGGCUGUCUUGAGAUGGGUCGCAAGUGAAAGGAUGUGGGGUUGAAUAGCGCAAACGGGAAAGAACUGCGAUACGCGGUGGAAGAGCGG